ACGAACGAAGUACAUUUAAGAGAUCUCAGAAUUUCGGAGAAGUUAAAAUAUAUUCCAGAUGCCAGAGGAAGUUCCCAUGUCUUAGAGUCCAAAGCAUCUUGUGAGAAUUAGCAGAAUCCUCUUUCUUUUUUUUCUUUUUAUUUUCGUGGGACACAUUUGUCAUUCAUUGAGAAUAUGUUUUUGUUUGUUUAAUUCUCUAUCCGAUGAAUGGAAGGUCGAUCCGUAUAUCAGGUUCGUGAGAACGAUGGCUGCAUGUGUUGAGGAGAAAAUACUAGACACUUUGUGGGUCUUCCUUGCACUCACCUUGCUCCGUGCGAGCCGUUCGCGUUCGAUAGAAUAUCGAGUUUCAGUUUGCGUGGACACUUUUUAACCGCAACGUGAAAACCGGUUCAAGUUCCGCGUUGAUGUAAGACAGUGCGAAUUACUCUCCGAAAUGAAUCGCGAGAGACUACCUCUGCUGCUCAGGGAGGCCAAUUCGAACUUGUCGCUUCUGUUUGCUACGUUAUGUGUCAUCGACAUAUUCGGCGUCUUUCCAAUUAUUGCGUUGCCGCGUGCGAUCGUGGAAUGCGGAUUAUACGGGAUCCCUCUCGUUCUCGUUGUAUUUGGCUUACAAAUUUAUACAGCGGUCCUCCUCGGAAAAUCAUGGAUAAUCGCAACUACCAUAAAUCCCCAAAUUUCGCGGAAAAGUCGGUAUCCCCUUGCUGCUGUGACUGAAUUGACUUUAGGUGCUCGAGCAAAAACUUUGGUCACUAUAAUUCUAGACCUUACAGUGUUUGGUUGCAGUAUACCUAAUUUAUUGGUUGCUUCCCAAAAUUUACAAUUAUUUGGACUGAAACUAUCAGGGCAACAAUUCGAUCUAUCUUUCUGCUAUUGGCUUCUGGUUGUGGGUGCACUUUUGUGUCCAAUUAUGUGGCUUGGAAGUCCACGUGAUAUGAAACUAUUGGCAGUAUUUUCGUGCACUGCGGUUGUGCUGACAGCAGGAUUAAUAUGGUGGUGUAUAGUUACCGAUGACCGUGAACUUGACACUCUACCAGUACCCACUUCUCCUUCCUGGGAUAAAUUCAUUUCUGGAUACGGAAUGCUGGCCUUCCAAUUUGAUGUACAUCCUACAUUAAUGACUGUACAGGUGGAUAUGCGUCGACCACAAGAUAUCAACAAGGCUGUCCUAAUUUCUUUUUUAGUAAGUGGUUCAUUAUUUGCUGUCACGACCGGUUUAGUUGCCUGGAAAUAUGGUGGUACUACAACAGCCAAUGUAUUACAAGUCAUUCCAGGAAAUUUCACUAUGAGUGCAGCCGUUCUACUUGCUUCUCUGCAACUUUGUCUUUCGAGUGCUCUAGGCCAUUCAGCUCUUUUCCAGAAUUUAGAAGAUCAGUGGAAUAUUCAGCCGACAUUUGGAUGGAAACGGUGUGCCAUAAGAUCAGCCAUCAUAUUCCUUGGAGUAGCUGUAGGAGAAUCUGUACCACGAUUCGACAUCGUAAUGGCGCUUAUUGGAGGAUCCCUAACAGGUCCACUGGUUUUCGUGCUUCCUCCAUUGGUGUAUUCGAAGAUGAUGGCUUUAAAGAGAAGAUCGAUGCAUGUAUCGACUCCCGAAGUAUAUUCCGGUUCCCAAAGACGUAGAAGCGUGGGUGGGGGCAUCUCAACAGAUCCACGGGUUCAUUCAAGAUCGAUAUAUUACGGCGUUCUAAGCGUGCCAAAAAAUGAUUACCAUCGGUAUUCGUACGUUUAUUAUGACGAAGAAGAAGACGAGUUCGAUGAAAUUGUGGAUUAUGAAACCGAUGUUGUUAAUAUCGGCGAAACCAGUGAACAAUACUUAAUGACAACGAGAAACAAUGAUGAAGAACCAAUAUACAUAGAUGCAAGUCAGCCCUAUAGAACACAUAAAAGAAUUGUUUCUGAAAUACCAAUACGGAAGAAAAUUCUAAACUGCACUCUUCAAAAAUGGCACGAGUGGUUCGGUUACUUGAUUGUACUGUUCGGCAUUGCGGUUACUAUCUCCUCGACGUACAUAAAUGUAAAAAAUACAAUUCGUUACGUACAAUUCACACCGCCGUGUAUCGUGAAUGCCACAGCCUUUCAAACCACUGAAUCGAUAUAAAUAUAUCGUAUAAUCAAUGAAAAACGUACUAUCGCAGAUAGCUUUCUGCAUUAUAUUUAUAGAGUGUGCACAAUAGAAGAAUAUUUUACAAUUAAACACAUUACUGACUGAUGUCCAAUGAAUAAUUUUUGAUAAGACAUGACAUGAAUAUUUAUCUUACCUAGUUGCCUGAGAACAAUAUUCUUUCUAUUAACACUAAACGUAUCCCACUUUUUCAAUAAAAUUAAAUCACUUUUAAUAGUAAAAUAUAUUAAAAUAUCUUCGAUUCACUGUCCUUUAAAUAUUGAAUUUGAAUUUCUUCAAACGGGUUUUGUGUUUCCGAAAUGGACAACUAAGUGGCAGCACCAUCGCAAUAAAAAUUUCGCGCUCUCCGAUAAACACGUGGGUUUUUGAAAUUUUCUCUAUAAUUAAAAUCAACAAUCUACUUAUAUGUCUGUAUUAUUCUACACUUGCAUCUCACUAUAUUUAACAGAUUGUGUCAACUAUGUUGCAGUUUUUCAAAGUACAUGUACAUAUCGCAUACGUAAAUGCAAAACCGUUUCGUAACGCAAAUCCACGUGUUCAAAUUGGUUCGAAUGCAUCAGUAGAAUCAGCUGAUUCGAUUAACUAUUCUUAUCUGCGAAGGUUACCUUGAAAAAGUGAUUCUAAAAAUGUAUUUAACACUGAUUUUUGUGUUUAUAAAGCUAAAUCUAUCAUCGUUAUGUAAUGCGCUUGAAAAAUGUGGACUACUGAAUAAAUUAACUAUUUUAGAA